GGCACCUGGAUCCUCCGAGGCCUGAUAGAGGCAACUAGAGAAUUUUACUGGUGGACUGCUUGUAGUUCAGUGUCAUUCCUCCCAAAGACAUCGUCUGACAAAAGGCUCCUGUGUCUCGAUCUAAGUGCAAGCAGUGACAAUCAUCAGUUUUUUGAGCAGCCUCAGAAAAGAAGAGAGCUCGGAUUAGCCUCCUCGGGGCUAAAGAAGGAAACAUCCUGGAAACACCCGGGGAACCGCGGAUAUCCACGCGGCAUGGGUGCUUCGUGACCCGCAGCAGGUGUGAAGAGAUGGCGGGGGAGCCACCGGCGGGCGCCGGCCGGGUGGUGCUGGUCAAGAAGAUCGUCAUGAAGGAUGGAGCACCGCUCCAGCAGGGUAUCGGCAGGCCCAGCGUGUAUCACGCGGUGGUGGUGAUCUUCCUGGAGUUCUUUGCAUGGGGUUUACUCACCACACCCAUGCUAACUGUUUUACAUGAAACAUUUCCCCAGCACACGUUCCUGAUGAAUGGACUCAUUCAGGGUGUGAAGGGUCUGCUGUCAUUCAUGUCUGCUCCUCUGAUUGGUGCUCUGUCGGACGUGUGGGGCAGGCGCUCCUUCUUGUUGGUCACCGUCUUCUUCACUUGCGCUCCGAUCCCUCUGAUGAGGCUCAGCCCCUGGUGGUACUUCGCCAUGAUCUCCAUGUCUGGAGCUUUCUCUGUCACCUUCUCGGUCAUCUUCGCCUACGUUGCCGAUGUGACGUCGGAAAGAGAGAGGAGUACAGCCUACGGUCUGGUGUCAGCUACUUUUGCGGCCAGCCUGGUGACGAGUCCAGCCAUCGGGGCUUAUCUGUCCGCCUGGUACGGGGACAACUUGGUGGUUCUGGUGGCAACACUGAUCGCUCUGGCCGACAUCUGCUUCAUCCUGCUGGCCAUGCCUGAGUCUCUGCCGGACAAGAUGAGGCUCAACACCUGGGGGGCACCCAUAUCCUGGGAGCAGGCCGAUCCCUUUGCUUCUCUGAGAAAGGUGGGUCAGGACUCAACUGUCUUACUGAUCUGUAUCACUGUGUUCCUGUCUUACCUGCCGGAGGCCGGACAGUACUCGAGCUUCUUCCUCUACCUGAGACAGGUCGUAAAUUUCUCCUCCACAACCAUUGCUGUUUUUAUUGGAGUGGUGGGCAUUCUCUCCAUUGUAGCACAGACUCUCUUCCUCACUCUCCUGAUGAGAACUCUGGGUAAUAAGAACACUGUUCUGUUGGGUUUGGGCUUCCAAAUCCUUCAGCUGGCCUGGUACGGCUUUGGAUCGGAGCCAUGGAUGAUGUGGGCAGCUGGUGCUGUAGCAGCGAUGUCCUCCAUCACCUUCCCAGCUGUUUCUGCUCUGGUGUCACAGUCUGCUGACCCUGAUAAACAAGGCGUGGUUCAGGGGAUGAUCACUGGAAUCAGAGGUCUGUGUAACGGUCUGGGUCCAGCUCUGUAUGGAUUCAUCUUCUUCCUCUUCAAUGUUGAGCUCAACACCAUGGACCCCAUCCAGGGAGACUACAACAUUGACCCCCUGCCUCUGCAAAGUCCCACUGAGCGAGCGCUCAUCCCUGGGCCACCCUUCCUGUUGGGGGCGUGUACAGUGGUCAUCGCCUUCCUCGUUGCUCUCUUCAUCCCUGAGAAACCCUCCUGCUCCCCCUCUUCCUCCCAGCUGUCCCUGAGCGACAAGCCCCACUCCGACAGCAAAGAGUCCAUGUCUUCGCUGGCUGGCAUCCACAUCAACACACCCCUCCCAGGCAGCGAUGAGGAGACCCCUCCCACCGCCAGCAAUGAGGACUUUGAGCCACUGCUGCAGGACAGUAUUGUUUGAUGGACACAUAGAAGAACCACAGAGGCUGGGCUAACAUCAUGGUUUCAUUGAUUGCCAUUUCGCAAUACAUUUGCCGAAGGGCAGGACUAGGUGUACUUUUAAAGUCACAAAAUUUGUGAUUGAUGGCAAGAAGCUCCGAUAGUAUUCUUUCUUUGCCAGAAGGAGGAACUAACGUAUAACUUCACUGACCAGGAGCAGAGACGGAAACAUCUUGUAAACGAACAAUAAGGAUGGUUCUUAAACGAGGGGCAGGAGCAGAGAGCUGCAAAUACGAUGUCAUUAUUUGAUUGACAGAGAGACUUGUGGGGCCAACAGGGAGACCACAGUUUAAACGGAAACCAUCACUCCAUUGACAAGAGGAGGGACGAACUGUCUUUUUUAAUGGGACGGUUGCGGCCAGUUUUGGGAUAAGCCCCCAUUAAAUCAUCUGAAGGGGGAGUAAAGUACGUUUGAGGUUUUCGUGGAAGGAUUAUUGUUCAUCUUAAAGCUUGAAGUUGUUGAUUGUUUUUGUGAUAAACAAGAAAAGGUGUUUUUACCUUCAGCUGUGUCAUUUUGAAGCCGUAUUUUAAUGUUGUGUUUAAUUUCUUACUGGUUAUUGUAUAAAGGAGACAUGUCUGCAAAAUAUUUACUGCAGCUAAAACAUCAGUGUUGAUUUAUACUGUAUUGUUGAAGAACACUUUUUUUGUUACAGUUUUUUCUUUUUGCUAGGGUUAAGGGAUUUUUAUUCUUUUUAAGUGUACAGUAUCUCAACUGCUAUGAGCUAUUGAUGCUAAAGUAUGAGUGUGUAGAUCUGAGAGAUGAGUCAACCACCUGAGAUCCAACAUGUCAAAAUAUCAAUUUCAAUUAUUUUCAUCUCCCAGUAAUUUUCUCGGCCAAGUUUCCUCUUUAAUUGUAAUUUCUUUAAAUUCAUUCCAGAAAAAGAAAUAGGAAAAUGUUGUAAUAUUUUUGAAAAUUAUGAGAAACAAAUCCUGAAUGAUACCAAAAUUAAGUUAGUUUUUACUCUUAAUUUCACCAGUUAUUGUCCCCGUUUGUCACUCUACCUCAGAUAAGCGUGUUUUUAAAUCACACUCAACCUGGAUUUAUUCGUAUUUAAUCACUUUUGUGUGAUUUUUAUAUUAUAGUCACUUUAUGAAAGUGCUGCUGGCUGCUGGCUGUGGUAAAACCUCAGAGCUGCAUCUUUGGUGUUUAACUUGUUAGCAGUCCAAGCACCAACAGUGUGUGCUCAGAUUUUUAUUUUUCAUUCCUGUGAAAAGUGGUUCUGUAGCCCAAACUGUUGUAGGUACAAAUGUGAACUUUGAAAAUGAAAUACUAGAAAAACACUUACAGCACAACAGAGUCUCUGAUUUGGUGCAAGUCCAACAGUAACAAGCAUUGUAACACAUUUUUUCCUAUUACCUCAGGUUUACAUUCUUAAAUUGUCACCAAUUUUGGUGUCUAUCCAGUUGGUGCUAAUUGGACAGCAGGUGGCACUGUCAUACAUUUUUUGAACAUUUAAUGAUAAUAUUUAGCUCCAGGUCACCAAUGGAUUCUCAAAAUGACACCAGAUUUGGUAUGCACUUCCUGUAUGCACUCCAGAUUUUCCGUACCAAAUGUGGUGGCACUAUGGCACAACAUUGCAUGGGUAUUGUAAUACGAAACCUGGAGAAAAUCCAACUUUUUAAAUUUUGUAAAAUGAAUUUAUAACAUUACUUGGCUUCCCAUGGUGUCAUGUUGUCAUCUGUUUUCUCUCCAGAAUGUAGGUUUAGAAAUGCCACUAGUUGGCAUCAUGACACCAUGGAGUUCUGAGUGCCCACGGUCAGUGUGCCUUCAACUCCGAGUUGCACCGGGUGCUUGGACCCUAGUAUACUCUCUUACAAGUCUAGUUUUUCCUUUAAACUGUGAGAUCAGCUGGUCAUGUAUUUGCUAAGGGUGUCUCACAGUCCUUCACUGUCUGAUUUCAGAAAAACAAAGAGGUCGGCUGGACAGUUAUUUGUCUCCAUUUUCUAUUGUGUUGCAGAUGCGACGUUUUUCUCUGACAGCAGGAAUAUUCCUGUGAAUGAAUUUACACUUCAAGCAUCAGUCAGAGAUUUCAGAGCUUUAGAGAAGAUUUAGAAACAAAUGCUGAAGAGUUUAACAGUGUAUUACUGGCACAGAGUGUAUAAAGUUAUUUGCUAUAUGACCUUAAAAUGUUAAUGUACAUCUGAAUACUAUGGUUUGUAUAUAAUGUAAGGGAAGUGUGGCAUUGGCUUGUCUAUUGUGGCGUAUAAAAAGGUUUUCCUUCAGUUUUUUUUUGUCCUGUGGAGCUCAAUGGCACUAACACAGUCUGGGUAGGGGGUUCAGUUCCACUUGUGCAGCCAAACCGUAAAAACCAACAAUCAUUCUACUUUGGUUUUUCACAUUCAUUCAGAUUAUAACUUGAAACUGACAAAUAAUUCCCCCUUCUUCUGUUGUAUACACUGGAGUAUGUUUACAUGCACGCCAGUAUCUUAUUCUGUCUUUGGUCAUAUUUGGUACAUGAUGUUUAGAUGAGACAGAGAAACUGCUUAUUUGUAUCCCUGCAACUCAUUUACAUUAAAAAAAUUUUUUUUUUUUGACUCGUGCUGGAUCAGAUCAACUAAUCUGCCACUUGUCUUAUACAAACUUACACAUAUCAGCAUUUGUAUGAGUUCUCCCAUCUAAUCCCAUCAAUUUAUUUUUAGCUCUGUCAUUAAUUGAAAAGAAAGUUUCCUUUCAUUACCAUAAUGACAAGGACACCUGUUUUUACUGCCAUUAUCGUUUGAGAUUUUUUGCUUUUUCCUGAGUAUACCAGUUUCUUUUGAAAUAACCCAAAUCACAUAAUUUAGACCUCUGAAAACAAGAUGAAUGAUUAUCCAGGUUUCUGUAGCCAGGAAAGGAUGUUUACAUGAGCAAAUACUCAAAAGCACAGAUCCGAAGUAAGAUAUUAGUGUGCAUUCGAUUUACUCUGUGUUAUUUAUUGACAACUGCACCCACUCAGUUAGUACAGCAGCAGUAAAAUUGACUCAACAGUUCAAAUAUUGGACAUGGACUGGAUGUCUGUCCAUGUGAUGAAACGAAAUGUACAUGGGGAUUCUCUGUAAAUACACCUUGUCUAGUGUCUUGUCUGGAAGUGUACCAGCCACUUGUUGGUUAUUGGAAAUUAAAA